GUGGGCCAACCAGUUCGUCAGGUGCCUCAGCUCAAAGUUACGCUUCCUCAUCCGGACCUACUACUGGAGGCGAACAGCGGCAACCAGGGCACUGGUACAUCAGGCAACUCUCCACAACAAGGAACGCCUUCGAACCAAAGCCCUACUGCUCCAACAGGCCCCGGUAGUCAACCAAGCAACGGCAACAGCGGCAACCAGGGCACUGGUACAUCAGGCAACUCUCCACAACAAGGAACGCCUUCGAACCAAAGCCCUACUGCUCCAACAGGCCCCGGUAGUCAACCAAGCAACGGCAACAGCGGCAACCAGGGCACUGGUACAUCAGGCAACUCUCCACAACAAGGAACGCCUUCGAACCAAAGCCCUACUGCUCCAACAGGCCCCGGUAGUCAACCAAGCAACGGCAACAGCGGCAACCAGGGCACUGGUACAUCAGGCAACUCUCCACAACAAGGAACGCCUUCGAACCAAAGCCCUACUGCUCCAACAGGCCCCGGUAGUCAACCAAGCAACGGCAACAGCGGCAACCAGGGCACUGGUACAUCAGGCAACUCUCCACAACAAGGAACGCCUUCGAACCAAAGCCCUACUGCUCCAACAGGCCCCGGUAGUCAACCAAGCAACGGCAACAGCGGCAACCAGGGCACUGGUACAUCAGGCAACUCUCCACAACAAGGAACGCCUUCGAACCAAAGCCCUACUGCUCCAACAGGCCCCGGUAGUCAACCAAGCAACGGUGGGGGCAACCAGUUCGUCAGGUGCCUCAGCUCAAAGUUACGCUUCCUCAUCCGGACCUACUACUGGAGGCAACAGCGGCAACCAGGGCACUGGUACAUCAGGCAACUCUCCACAACAAGGAACGCCUUCGAACCAAAGCCCUACUGCUCCAACAGGCCCCGGUGGGCCAACCAGUUCGUCAGGUGCCUCAGCUCAAAGUUACGCUUCCUCAUCCGGACCUACUACUGGAGGCAACAGCGGCAACCAGGGCACUGGUACAUCAGGCAACUCUCCACAACAAGGAACGCCUUCGAACCAAAGCCCUACUGCUCCAACAGGCCCCGGUGGGCCAACCAGUUCGUCAGGUGCCUCAGCUCAAAGUUACGCUUCCUCAUCCGGACCUACUACUGGAGGCAACAGCGGCAACCAGGGCACUGGUACAUCAGGCAACUCUCCACAACAAGGAACGCCUUCGAACCAAAGCCCUACUGCUCCAACAGGCCCCGGUGGGCCAACCAGUUCGUCAGGUGCCUCAGCUCAAAGUUACGCUUCCUCAUCCGGACCUACUACUGGAGGCAACAGCGGCAACCAGGGCACUGGUACAUCAGGCAACUCUCCACAACAAGGAACGCCUUCGAACCAAAGCCCUACUGCUCCAACAGGCCCCGGUGGGCCAACCAGUUCGUCAGGUGCCUCAGCUCAAAGUUACGCUUCCUCAUCCGGACCUACUACUGGAGGCAACAGCGGCAACCAGGGCACUGGUACAUCAGGCAACUCUCCACAACAAGGAACGCCUUCGAACCAAAGCCCUACUGCUCCAACAGGCCCCGGUGGGCCAACCAGUUCGUCAGGUGCCUCAGCUCAAAGUUACGCUUCCUCAUCCGGACCUACUACUGGAGGCAACAGCGGCAACCAGGGCACUGGUACAUCAGGCAACUCUCCACAACAAGGAACGCCUUCGAACCAAAGCCCUACUGCUCCAACAGGCCCCGGUGGGCCAACCAGUUCGUCAGGUGCCUCAGCUCAAAGUUACGCUUCCUCAUCCGGACCUACUACUGGAGGUACCGGUCCGCAAACAGGCAGCGGCUCUCAAUCGGUUACCGGUUCGAACUCAAACGGCAGCUCACAACCAGUCGCCGUUUAUCAACCAGUCGGAAACGCUCCAAUCAUAUCGCCGGGAAGAACUUUCCCAUCAGGAAGGGGAAAA